AUGAGCCAGUCGGGGUCUCUGAGCUGCUGCCCAGGCGCCGCCAACGGCAGCCUGGGCCGGUCUGACAGCGCCGCCAAGAUGAGUGCCAAGGACCUGUUCGAGCAGAGGAAGAAGUACUCCAACUCCAACAUCAUCAUGCACGAGACCUCGCAGUAUCACGUGCAGCACCUGGCCACCUUCAUCAUGGACAAGAGCGAGGCCAUCGUGUCCGUGGAGGACGCCGUGCGGAAGCUGGUGCAGCUGAGCGCCAAGGAGAAGAUCUGGGCGCAGGAGAUGCUGCUGCAGGUCAAUGACCAGGCUCUGCGGCUGCUCGACAUGGAGACCCAGGAGGAGCUGGAGAACUUCCCGCUGCCCACCGUGCGGCACAGCCAGACGGUGCUCAACCAGCUGCGCUACCCGUCCGUGCUGCUGCUCGUGUGCCAGGACUCGGAGCAGAGCAAGCCCGACAUCCACUUCUUCCACUGCGACGAGGUGGAGGCGGAGCUGGUGCACGAGGACAUCGAGAGCGCGCUGGCCGACUGCCGGCUGGGGAAGAAGAUGCGGCCCCAGACCCUCAAGGGCCACCAGGAGAAGAUCCGGCAGCGGCUGUCGGUGCUGCCCCCGCGCCAGGGCCCCGCGCCCGUGCCCUUCCAGCCCUUCGCCCAGAGCUCGCCCUCGAAGAACCGCGUGGGCCUGCCCGUGCCGCCCAGCGAGCCAGGCUACCGCGCCCAGGAGGCUGCCGAUGAGGAGCCCCCGCGAGCCGUGCUGGCCCAGAGGAUAGAGAAGGAGACGCAAAUCCUCAACUGCGCGCUGGAUGACAUCGAGUGGUUCGUGGCCCGUCUGCAGAAGGCGGCCGAGGCCUUCAAGCAGCUCAACCAGCGCAAGAAGGGCAAGAGGAAGGGCAAGCGGGGCCCGGCAGAGGGGGUCCUCACGCUGCGGGCGCGGCCGCCCUCCGAGGCCGAGUUCGUGGACUGUUUCCAGAAAACCAAGCUGGCUAUCAACCUGCUGGCCAAGCUGCAGAAGCACAUCCAGAACCCGAGCGCCGCCGAGCUGGUCCACUUCCUCUUCGGGCCGCUGGACCUGAUCGUCAGCACCUGCGGCGGCCCGGACAUCGCGCGCUCCGUGCACAGCCCCCUGCUCUCCCGGGACGCCGUGGGCUUCCUGCGGGGCCACCUGGUCCCCAAGGAGAUGGCGCUGUGGGACUCGCUGGGGGAGGCGUGGACGCGCCCCCGCUCCGAGUGGCCCCGGGAGCCGCAGCAGCUGCUCUACGUGCCCAAGUUCCACAGCGGCUGGGAGCCGCCGCUGGACGUGCUGCGGGAGGCGCCCUGGGAGGUGGAGGGGCCGGCCGCGCCCCGCGCCGAGCCCUCCCCGCCCUCCCCCGGCCGCCGGUCCUUCCGGAACUCCGUGAAGCAGAGCCUGGUGCCCGAGCCCGUGUCCCCCGGGGAUGCGCUCCCCUCCCCGCACGCGCACAGGGGCUACGAAGCCACGCCGGCCAUGGCCAAGUACGUCAAGGUUCUCUACGACUUCACCGCCCGCAACGCCAACGAGCUGUCGGUGCUCAGGGACGAGGUCCUGGAGGUGCUGGAGGACGGGCACCAGUGGUGGAAGCUGCGCAGUCGCAGCGGCCAGGCUGGCUACGUGCCCCGAAACAUCCUGGAUGAGGUCCGGGCGGAGGAGGCCGGCGCCCCCCACGAGGCGGGUCUGAAGUACUGGGGUCCUGUCAGCCCCACCCACAAGCUGCCCUCUAGCUUCACCGGAAACAAAGACGAGCUCAUCCACCACAUGGACGAGGUCAACGACGAGCUGGUCAAGAAGAUCAGCCACAUCAAGGCGCAGCCGCAGCGGCACUUCCGCGUGGAGCGCAGCCAGCCCGUGCACCUGCCGCUCACCUACGAGUCCGGCCCGGACCAGGUGCGCGCCUGGCUGGAAGCCAAGGCCUUCAGCGCCAGGAUCGUGGACAACCUGGGCAUCCUGACGGGGCCCCAGCUCUUCUCGCUCAACAAGGACGAGCUGAAGAAGGUGUGCGGGGAGGAGGGCAUCCGCGUGUACAGCCAGCUCACCGUGCAGAAGGCGGUGCUGGAGAAGCAGCACGGAGGGUCGGAGCUGGAGGAACUCAUGAGCAAGUUCCAUUCCAAGAGGCUGGAGGGGGACAGCUAG